CAGGUGAUUUGCACCUGUGCGACGGCCGGCGACACCACGUCCGGCUUGGGUGUUACGCCUGUGAUUACUCCGCACAUGCGAAGAAAUAGUGCCUCUGUUAACCUUUCGCAGAUGAAGUGCACAGGCGCACGGACCCAUUGGACCCCGGAGCAGGAAGGGAAGCUACUCUCAAUGCUUUCUAAUCCAAACAUUGCGACACCUUCUGACCAUUCUGACGUCUGAACCUUAUGAAACAAAAUACAAUACCUAAACCUGGAUACUUUGGUAAAUCCACAAAGAUUUCAUUUUGCAUUUUGCAUUUUGAAGAAAAGGCAAUAUGUCAGUAUUUGACAAUUGUCAGAUAGCUCUGGAUCUUGGCAUCAAUGUGGGCUUCAAGAAGAAAGUGGAACUACGCAAAGCCAUCACUGAAAAUGGUGGUGUGGUCUCAUACAUUGUCACCCAGAAGUGUUCCUUUGUGGUGGCAAGUGAUCCAGAGAAGUGUGAUGUGUCCUCCAAGUGUCGUAUGGCCCUCAAAUAUUGCCUUCCUGUGGUCAGCAUGGACUACAUCUGGGACUCUUUAUGUGCUGGGAAAAGAUUAGCAAUUGAUCAGUAUGCAAUUGCUGGGAAGAGCAAAGGACUGGACUUUCGUUCUGGCAAGAUCUCAGCACUUAAGAAACAAGACACUAAAACGAUGAGUCGACAUACUAUCAAGCCACAUUUUAAUAUUCGAAAUGUGAAAGUGUGGCAGGCAGGUGAUCCAGAUGAGCCUCACUUUGAUGAAAACUUUGAAAUUGCCAAGUAUGCUGUUUUUCAGGGCCAGAACAAGAAACAGGACCUGACCACAUUCUACUCACUAGAGAUUCACGUUGGAAGCAAUGCUGGCAAGAAGGAGAACGGCAAUGCUGAGCGGCAGUAUAGACUCUAUUCACACUUUGGAAACCUUACAGAUGCAGUUGCUGGCAAUCCCUGCAAGACAGAGAUUUACCACGUGGCUAACGCUGAUCAGGCUCUUGCAGGAUUUGCAACCCUUUACAGUGCUCAAAUGAAAGACCACAAAAUGCAGAAAGUGGAGAGUACAGUGCUACGAAACGUGGGAUCACGUAAGCUUCAACAGAUUCUUACAGAACUGGAGAGUGAAGUAGGAGUAGCCUCUCGUGAAGUACAGAACCUGACAGAGCACAUCUGGUUAGAAGCUAUUGGAGAAGUGGAGGCUGUCCUUGCAUCCACAAUAUCUUCUGUGAAAGUGGAAGAGGUUGAGAAAGCUGAAGCACUUCUGGUUAAGAUACGAGAUGCUCUUGGCAAGGAGGUAGAUGGGGAUGUCACUUCUCUUGUCAAAGAAUUCUACAGCACUCUUCCUCACAAAUCUGAAGAUGGAGGUAGCAUGAAGCCAUCUAGAGCAUGGCUGUCAAAGAAACAAGAUCUCUGUCAGCUAAUAAGAGACAUGGUGUCUGUGAGUGAAGCCACAUCCUGGUCAGCACGCUCCAGUGCUCAGGCCAAGUACCGUGCCCUGCGCUGCAAUAUUUCCUAUCUAGAGCCAGGCACACAGGAACAUAAGCAGAUCAUGGAAGAUGUUGUUUCUUCUAUCAACAAAAAAAUGACCAUAAAUAUCACCAACAUUUAUGCUGUUCAAAGACCCAUUGAAGAUGCACAUUUUCAACAUGAUAUGGACAACAAGCGUCAUCUCUUCCAUUCUUCAAAAGUAGAAAAUUUUCUUGGGAUACUUUCAAGAGGAUUGCUCUUACCUAAAGUCGUGGCAGAUGACUUUGGUGGCACUCGGACUGAUGCUGGAAUGCUUGGAUGUGGAAUCUACUUUGCUAGUGAUGCAAGCAAAAGUGCCCUGUACUCAACCCCAAGCAAAACUAAAGGAACAAGACUGUUGCUUGUGAAUGAAGUAGCCCUUGGACAGUGUUAUGAUUAUACUGCUAUUGACACCACUUUGACAAAACCACCUGAAGGAUAUAACAGUGUUCAUGGUGUGGGAAAGAAAAAUGAUAACUCCUCACAUUUUGAGGAUGAUGAAUAUGUUGUUUAUAGUGUCAACCAGCAGAGAUUGCGCUACUUAGUAGAGUUUACUAUUAACCAGGAGCAGCCAAGAAGUAUGGUGACAUUAGACAAUGUUUUAAUGGAAACAGAGGACUUGGUUUCCAUGGAAUCUUGUGAAAUUGAUCUUCAUGAUGUUCAGAAUGUUCGAGAUCCAGUGGAAAGUGUCAAACUAGGCCUUGUUGUGGAGAAUCAGGAGGGUCUAGUGGAACUGAAGAGUGUUCACGUCAGAGCAAAACUUGUUGAUUUGGCAGCUCAGGUCACUGUCUUACAAGAAUAUGUCAACAACAGCAUGUAUCCAGUAGAGGCAAAGUAUGUUUUCCCACUUGGCGAUGGGGCAGCUGUGUGUGGCUUUGAGGCCUUCAUCAAUGACAAGCACAUUGUGGGAGAGGUAAAGGAGAAGGAGACAGCCCACAGGGAAUACAAACAGGCCAUCAGUGAAGGCCAUGGGGCAUACUUGAUGGACCAAGAUGAAGAGACUCCAGAUGUGUUUACAGUCAGUGUCGGCAACCUACCACCUGGCGCCACAGUGUUGAUUAAGAUUACUUACGUAGCUGAAUUACAGGUAGAAGAGGAAAUCAUUAGCUUCAGGCUACCUGGCAGUGUGGCACCAUGGAAGAAAGAGUCAGCAGGCAAAGAGAAGACACAGGACAAAACAAAAACUUUUAAGCUCAGUAGUGGGCAAGUCAGCAUUCAAGUUGCUGUGGAGAUGCCUUUUGACAUCAAGAGUCUUGUCUGCCCUACCCAUUUUGUGAGAAUGAAGAAAACAGCCACCAAGGCAGUAAUAGAACUGAAACCUGGCCAGGAUAUCCAGGAAGGGUUCCAGAUUCUCAUUGGUCUUGCUGAGAUACAUGUUCCUCGAAUGUGGGUAGAACGACACCCUGAUCAGCCAGAUCAUGAGGCCUGCAUGCUGACCUUUUAUCCAGAAUUUGAAGUGGGGUCAGAGGUCAGUUCAGAAUUGGUUCUGCUGCUGGAUGUGUCAAAUUCAAUGAAAGGGGCAUCACUCCAAAGUGCAAAGAAGUUAGCAAAGUUGAUUCUUCUCACUAUGGAUGCCAGCUGGAAAUUCAAUGUUGUUGUAUUUGGAACAAGAUACAGUGAGCUAUUUCCAUGUGCUCGACCAAAAAAUGAGACCACAUUACAAGAAGCUGAAAAAUUCGUACAGCAAGCCCAAGCAGAUAUGGGUAACACUGAAGUGUUCCGACCUCUUCAUGCUUACUUCCUCUUGCCACCAGCUAACCAAGCCCUGAGAAAUGUGUUCUUGAUAUCAGAUGGUCAUCUUAACAAUGAAUCUUCUGUGUUGAAGGAUGCUAGCAACAACUAUCAUCAUACCCGCAUCUUCACUUUUGGUGUCAGCUCAUCCUGCAAUGCCUACUCACUGCGAGCUCUUGCUCGCAUAUCUGCUGGCUCAUUUGAGUUCUUUGACACCAAAGUCAAAUCCAAAUGGGAAGAAAAAGUGAAGGGCCAGCUGCGAAAAGCUGGCCAGCCAGGCCUGACAUCUGUCCGUGUUGACUGGCGUCAGUAUGAUGACAAUUUGCCACCACCUGUGCAAGCUCCAUGCCGUAUCACAGCAUUGUUCAGUGGAGCUCGACAGGUCAUCUAUGGCUUUGUGCCCAAUUGUACAAUGGCAUUUCUUUCUGCUGUUGUGGGAGGUCAGGAAGUUUCUACAGUUGUGUCAACAUCUGAUCUUGCCAUCACAACUGGAUUGGUUGUACACAGACUGACAGCUCGAGCUUUGAUACAGGACUGGGAAACAGGAAUGCUGUCUGAUGACCGCACACAUCAUGAGGUGGUUCGAAUGGAUGAAAACAGAAUAUCAUUGAGCUGAGCAAGGAGUACUCCAUAGUCACGCAGUUCACCUCCUUUAUAGCUGUUGAAAAGCGGGACAAGGAUGAAGACAUGAGCAAGAAAGGUCCCUCCAUUAUUGAACUUGUCAGCAAGGAGAGCAUUGACAUUCUGGACUACAUGAGCUGGCAGGAAGAGAUGAUGGACAUAAAAGAAGACCAGCUUGUGGAAGAAGAAGAUGUGAUCACAUCAGCGAAAUAUGAAAGAAGAGCAGAAGAAUGAAACGCAAGAAGAUAUCUGUGGAUUCACCUCAACUUCUCCAUCAAAGUUACAAGAGUAAAGAGAUGGUUUGCUCGGAUGAAGAUGCAGAAAGGUCUUUUGAUGAAUUGUUAAGUUAUGAAUGUGCAGAUGUUGAGUGGGGUGGCGAAGAUGUCAACAUUGACAGAUUCUCGAAGCACUCGUCCGAGUCUUUUUUAGUGCCAUGUUUGUCUGGUAUGUCAGACUCCGUCUCACAAAGUAAUAGUAUCAGCAGAAGAAGACUCGCAGGAGGAAGACCAGGUGGUAGAGGCAGAAAAGCAUACCUGGACAGUGAAGAUUCUGCAGACCGAUUCAUGGUAACCCGGAGUUGUGAGUCAGCAGACAUGGAUUCGUUCUUUCGUCGGAGUAGUGCGAAAAGAACUGAUGUUCAGGACAUGGCGUCAGCACCAUACUUUAAAGCAUCUGCUGGAGAAUCUGAAGAAUCUGAAGCAUUAGAGCUUCUUAACAGAGGUAGAGGCCAUCCCGUAUACUCUCCAAGGUCUCCGACGUAUCAAAAGCAGAGUUUUGGGGAAAUUUUACAAUCAACUUCAUCCGCAGGAGGAAUUGUACAAGCUCAGCCAGCAGCCCAAGGACAGAAUCUGAUGUUUGGAGCCGCACCGUUUUCUGUAAAACCAUGUUCCUUUCAACAACCCACGGGUAGAUCUGAAGAAGAACCAGAGCUGGAAGCAGCACAGAGUGUAUUUUUAGGCCCUAUACGUUCACGGUCAGACCUGCAGUGGCUUCAGUAGGUCUCUUUGGUUGCAAGGCUUCAAUGCCAGCUUCAAUUGAAAUGUUAGCUUCAGCGAGAUCCCCUUUAGUUGGAUUUGGAGGCAUGGAUUCUUCAAAGGCAACAGGUUUUGGGACAACAUUUGGAUUUGGAGGGGACGCACAUUCAGGAGUCUUUGGAGCAGCACCUUUCUCACAGACUGCACCGUUAGCAGCACCUUUAGUACAGGCUAUACCGCCAGCAGCAUUUUUCUCACAGA